UUCUUGGAGACGCUCGAUAAUAUUUUGAAAAGACAUAACCGGACGUUUUACUUGUUAUUGGACAGUCCCAGCUAGCUUGAUAACCGUGUCCUGCUUCCAUCCAGUGUAAAAACACAGCUUGUGAUCAGGACUAAUGGAGACAACGGGAGUUUGUGAGAUUGAUGUGGCGACCAGAAGAAUAGUGGGAGGCAGUGACUCUCCCCCCGACCUGGACAGCCCCUGCCAGGAGGAGGUUGCAGAGUUUGGUUUGGGGCUGUGCUGUGCCGAGGAGGAGAGGGGGGAGACUCCAGGCCGAGAGGACAGUCCCAGCGACCUGGGGGAGGCAGAGCUGGACCCCGGAGGAGACCUCAAGACUGGAGAGGACAAGGCUUUUGGGAAGGAGGUUGUUCUUUUGAUGCAGGCCCUGAACUCCCUAGCCACUCCUGAGGAGAAACUAGCCGCUUUGUGCAAGAAAUAUGCAGACCUGUUGGAGGAGAGCCGCUGCAUGCAGAAGCGUCUGAAAGCCCUGCAGAAGAAACAGUCUCAGAUCGUGAAGGAGAAGAUCCACCUGCAGGGGGAGCACAGCAAGGCCAUCCUGGCCCGCAGCAAGCUGGAGAGCCUCUGCAGGGAGCUGCAGAGACACAACAAGACACUGAAGGAGGAGAACUCCCAGCGGUCCCGGGAGUACGAGGAGCAGCGGAAGGAGGCCAUGCUGCACUUCCAGAUGACCCUGAGCGACAUCGAGGUGCAGAUGGAGCAGCACAGCUCCCACAACACCAAGCUGAGGCAGGAGAACAUGGAGCUGGCCGAGAAGCUCAAAAAGCUCAUCGAGCAGUACGAGCUCCGAGAGGAGCACAUAGACAAGGUGUUCAAGCACAAGGAGCUGCAGCAGCAGCUAAUGGACGCCAAGCUGCAGAGAAUCACCGAGAUGAUGAAAGAGGUCGAGGACAAGCAGCAGAGGGAGCGAGACUUUCUGCUGAAGGACGCCACAGAGUCCAGACGCAAGUGUGAGCUGAUGAAGGAGCAAGAAACGCAGCUCAAACAACAGCUCUCCCUGUACAUGGACAAGUUUGAGGAGUUUCAGAGCACGCUGGCCAAAAGCAACGAAGUCUUCACCACGUUCAGACAGGAGAUGGAGAAGAUGACCAAGAAGAUCAAGAAGCUGGAGAAGGAGACGACUCAGUGGAGGACCAAAUGGGAGAGCAACAACCAGGCGCUGCUGCAGAUGGCCGAGGAGAAAACUCUGCGCGACGGCCACUUCAAGGCCCUGCAGGGGAAGCUGGAGCUGCUGGAGAGGCUGUGCCGCGCCCUGCAGAAGGAGAGGAACGACCUCAACAACCAGCUCAGCCUCCUGCAGGAGCCGGGAGACGAGGGGAGCGCGGCGCUUCCUGAGGCCCAGCCGCCGGAGCCCUCUGCUGGGGAGGAGGAGGAGGAGGAGGAGGAGGAGGAGGGGGGCCUGGCACAGGCUGGCGAGCUGGAGGCGGAGGGCAUCCACCGAGCUCCCCGACCCCCCGAACUGGAGCCCACAGCGGCCGCCACUGACACAACCACUACUGUUGCUACGACGACGAGCAGCCAGCCCGCGGAAACGGCAGCCUCGCAGCAGGACUGAAGGAGCCCCCCCCCACACGGUGAGAAGGCUGUGACGGGAGGGGCUCCAACACACCUCCAUUCCAGUUCCAUUAACGGGGAUAGAUUUCUUUUCUUUAACUAUAGACUUGCCUCUCUGGGUUUUUCUACGCAGAAACUCAACCCAUAUCUCUCUCUUUUUUUCUUUCUUUUUGUUGUGUGCCGUUAGUAAAAGAGGAAUAACAUGAUUGUAUCAAGGAUUCUAUUCUAAAAUGUUGCCGGUGUUUACAUUGGUUGUAAUGAUUGGCUUUGUGGCAAGCAC